UUAUUCCUCCUUCAAAGUACCAAAUUGUUCGCGAGAAAAAAGUUACCGCAAAUAUAAUUUUUUCUACAAUUAGUUUUUAAGCCAUGGAUGCCGGAUCAAAGGUGAAGAAAGGAGCCGGGGGAAGGAAAGGCGGCGGUCCAAAGAAGAAACCUGUUUCUCGGUCAGUGAAAGCUGGGUUACAGUUUCCGGUCGGUCGAAUCGGUCGUUACUUGAAGAAGGGUCGUUAUUCCCAGCGCGUCGGAACCGGUGCCCCCGUUUACCUCGCUGCUGUUCUUGAGUACCUUGCUGCUGAGGUUCUUGAGUUGGCUGGUAAUGCUGCAAGGGACAACAAGAAGAAUAGGAUAAUUCCAAGGCAUGUUCUUUUGGCAGUGAGGAAUGAUGAGGAACUUGGGAAACUGUUGGCUGGCGUGACAAUUGCUCAUGGUGGAGUUCUACCCAACAUUAACCCGGUUCUCCUGCCCAAGAAAAAUGACAAGGCACAAGCAGUCAAGGAGCCUAAGUCACCAUCCAAGGCUACCAAGUCCCCAAAGAAGUCACCUAAGAAGGCUUAGUCGUUGCUUCAUUUAUGUCUUAUGUGUACUUUUGGUUGUAGAAAGAUGUUGAUGUUGGUACUGGUAGGAAUUUAGGGCGACCCUACUAAUUGUCUGUGUUGUUUAGACCAGCUUUUGUUUAAAGUUAAUGAAUCAAACUUGGAUUA